UUGUUGUAUGAAAUCAUAUGACAGUUGAAUAGCAAUACAUUUGAAUACAUGAUUACAACAGUUAUAACAAUAUAUUGAAUGUAAUGUAUGUCUCAUUGAUUUGAUUACCAUUUAUUUGAUUCAAUACUUAAUAACAAUUAAUAAUAAUAAUGAAUACAACGGACGCCGGACUUCAUGAAUGGCUUCUUAAGGAUAACAACGAGUCGGUCGCUGACGAUGACGAUCUGCCACAAGUGUUUGCCAAAGAGGCGGCCAAAGACAUUGCCGAAGACACACAACAGACUGUUGAGAAGAUUGCCACCAUUUGGCUACAAAUGGGAUUAACCACUAGUGAUAUGGUCGAUAGGAUUAAACAAUUAAAAGAUUUACAUUUUACGGCAAAUAAAAACUCUCUGCAAAUUGAAAACUCGUCCUUACAAAGACUGAUCCAAUACAACGACAACAAACUUAAGCAAAUCAAUCAAAUUCUUGAUGAUCUAACUCUUCCAUCAUUUCCUGCGCCCACUGAUCGGUCACUUAAACAAAUCGGACGAAUACUUGUUUACAAAUACAACGAAUUAGAGGCUUUAAAAAAAGAAAGACUGAAUCAAUUGACAGAAUUGAAGUCAAAACGCGACAAAUUGUUGGCCACAAUGAAUCAAAAGGCAAAAGAGUUCAGAACUGCCACUAAUAUACCGUCGGAUGAAGAGCUGAUGCAAUUACAAAGCUAUGUCUCCGAUUUGACAAAAGAGCGUUCAAAACGGUUCAAUAAAUAUCAAUCUUUAAAGAAAAUUAUUGAACAACUCUUUGUUGAACUCGAAAGAGAAGUGGUCUUUGAUUUUGAGAAACAUCUAUUGUUUAAUGAUUCAGAAAAUUUCAUUCUUUCUGACGAUCACAUGAAGAGAUUACAAUCUUUACAUUCAGAAUUGGAGACAUGUUAUCAACAAAACAAUGAUAAGAGAAAGCAAAUGGAAAAGAGAUUACAAGUUCUUUGGGAUAAACUAGAAGUGGAUUCAAUUUAUAGAAACGAUUUCUUUCGUAACAAAAUGGGUUGCAAACCAUCAAUUCUGUCUCUACUGCAACAAGAAGUUGACAAAUAUGAAGAAUUGAAACGACAAAAUCUUGAACUUUUCGUUCAAAAAGUUCGCAAUGAUUUGCUUGAAUGGUAUGAAAAGUGUUUCUUAUCUGAUGAACAAAAGGAUAAAUUUCAAUCAUUUAUUGAUUGCAACGAAUACACUGAAGAGUUGCUUGAAUUACAUGAAAACGAAUUGCAAAAACUUCAGAAUUACUUUGAAGAGUGCGAAGAAAUGUUUGAUAAACUCGGCGAAUGGCAUAAUCUAUGGAACAGAUAUAAAGAACUCGAAAGCAAAGCCAAUGAUCCGAAUCGGUUCAAUAAUAGAGGCGGUGCUCUACUCGCUGAAGAAAGAGAGAAAAAUCAAAUUAAGAAAAAUUUGCCAAAAGUUGAGAACAUUUUGAAGAAGUAUAGUGAAGAUAGACUUAAACUAAAAGGAAAACUCUUCGAUGUGUUUGGUAUUCCUGUGAAACAAUACUUAGAAAAUCUUAAGAUGGAGUAUCAGGACAUGAAAGAGAAUGAAAAAAAGGAACGACAAAGACAUAGACAGAUGGAGAUCAACGGACAGCUUAAGAGUAAAAAGAUGACACCAGUUAGCGGUGGAGUCGUCGUCCGUAAAACACCUGUUAAGAGAGCAUUAGAUACGGCACCCAAUUGUGAUUCAAGUAAUAAAGUUCGCAGAGUUGGCGGCCCUUUGACGCCAUCGCGAGUCAUCAACGAUGUCAACGCUAAUACGUUAACAAAACGAAGAGAUGUUGCCAAACCUGUUCCCAGAGCUCGAGCUCGUAAUCUUGAGAAUCAAAUGAAUCAAGUAUUGGAUACGCCUAAUAUUGACUCAAUUUUGAGUAUAGAUGAGGACCAGUUCCAAGCUCCGCUUACAGAUAGGGAUAACGCCAACUCUACUUUCAUAACGUUUCCCAAUAAACCAUUGACUCCAUCGAGAAAUAUAACGAAGAGAAGGGAACCCAAACAACAAGCAAUGCAUCGACGGUUAUCUCGUAGUUGUAAUGAUUUAUCCGAAGCCAUCGACAAACAGAUGCACAUAAGUAAUGGUCGACACUUAACACCCAUUAGAAGUACUCCUACUUCACCACAAGUCAAGAGUAACUAUGGCUAUACACCGAGUCGAUUGCCUCGUAUUAAUGUCCAUAAACACAAACCACCGUUCCUUCUCUAAGCUUUCAUUUCAUUACAUAAUUUUAUAUUUUUUAAAUAUAUUAUCA